AUGAUGGGGGUUCCGGCGGAGCGACUGUGGUCCCGGAGGACGAGGAACAGCGCGGGUCUUCCGGCAUGGUGGAUGUGGGGGAAGACGGUGAAAGAAAGGGUGGGCUCCGCUUAUGUAGAAGUGGAGAAGAUUAGGAAAAGUGCAGCCUGUGCGGGAGAGCCAAAUGCGGGUGUGCUUGAUGAAGCGAUGAUCAAGUUAGAGCAAUCACGCAGGGACCGUGCAAAAUGGCGCGAAUGGGGUGUUUCGGAUGGCUGCCUGUCAUGCAUGCCGGGUUCUCCAUCUUUUUGGCCAAAUAUUUUAGAAAUUCCAAACUGCAACCUCUUCUUCCCCGCAUUUCUAUCCCGCCGCCGCCUUCGCAGUCGGCAAGGAUCACACGUCAUUACAAACCCUUUUCCGAAAGCCGUCAUGCAGUUCCACUCUGAAGGCGCUGGCCCGGCUCCUCCGGUCGCCCCGACCGCCACACCGAGCGAACCCGUCUCCAAAAAACGCAAGUACCGGAAGGACAAGCCAUGGGACCACGCGGGCAUCGACCACUGGAAGGUGGACGACUUCAAGCCGGACGACAGCUCGGGCCCUUUCCUGGAAGAGUCGUCCUUCGCGACGCUCUUCCCGCAGUACCGCGAAAAGUAUCUGCGCGAGGUGUGGAAGGCGGUGACGGCGGCGCUGGACAAGCACGGCUUGGCGUGCGAGCUGAACCUCAUCGAGGGCUCCAUGACGGUCAAGACGACGCGGCGGACGUGGGACCCGUACGCCAUCCUCAACGCGCGCGACUUGAUCAAGCUGCUCGCGCGGUCGGUGCCGCUUGCGCAGGCGGUCAAGGUGUUGCAGGACGAGGUGCAGUGCGACAUUGUUAAGAUCGGCGGCUUUGUGCACAACAAGGAUAGGUUUGUGAAGAGGAGGGAGCGAUUGAUAGGGCCGAAUGGGUCGACGCUCAAGGCGAUCGAGCUGCUGACGUCGUGCUACAUUUUGGUGCAGGGGAACACGGUGUCGUGCAUGGGGGGAUACAAAGGAUUGAAGCAGGCGCGACGGAUCAUUGAGGACUGCAUGAAGAACGUGCACCCCGUGUAUAAUAUCAAGGCGCUGAUGAUCAAGCGGGAGCUUGCCAAGGACGCAGAGCUGAAGGAGGAGAACUGGGAUCGGUUCUUGCCAAAGUUUAAAAGGAAGAACGUGAAGAAGAAGAAGAAGGGGGCGGGCAAGGAGAAGAAGCCGUACACACCGUUUCCGCCUCUGCCCCAGGCGUCAAAGGUGGACUUGCAGCUCGAGUCUGGAGAGUACUUUAUGGGCGAGGAGGGACGCAAGAGGAAGAGGGUGGCGGAGCAGAUGGUUGAUAGGGUGGCCAAGGCCGAGGAGAAGAAGAAGGAGAGGGAAAAGGCGUACGUGCCGCCAGAGGAGGGGGGCAGACCGGCGAAGAAAGUACGGGGCAACGAUGACGACGAUGAUGUGCGCGCGCUCGCGAAAAAGGUUAAGAAGCAGUCGAAAAUGGGGAUGAAGGGAAAGAGGAAGAGCGUUUCGUAGACGUGGUAAUGCAAAGUUGCGAGCGAAAAUAUAUAAAACAGGGGUGCGAGCUGGAGUUGAUCCGGUCACGACCGGUUGUAUUU